UGCGUGAGCGACGAGAGGCAGGGCGUGAUAUAGGCGUGCGCAAAGCUGUAGAGGCCCUCCUGCGCAGACUCGUUGGCAUGCUCGACCGUGUCCGAGAUGUUCUGCAGCGUGCGGUUCCACCGCGGGUCACCGCGACGGUACAUUGCGAUUGCGCUGGGGUGGCGGCGCGCAGACGGCGCAUCGACCGUGCGCGGCAGGAGACGUCGACGUCCUGGCUGGCUGGUUGACGGCCGACGUGUUGCGCUGGUGAAUGCUGGACAGUGCUUGAGCCUUGCCUGCCUCGGCCGUUGACGUACGUCUGCGCUGCUCUGGUUCGGCGGGCCUAGCCUGGCCCCGGCCGCCGGCCUAGCACACCACCGGGGCACCUGUACGCUUCGCUUCACGUGCACGCUGCAUUCACCGUCCGCGCCCAUGCAGCCCCAGCCUCCUCGCACAUUGCCCCCUCGCAACAAUGCGCUACAUACGCUUCCUCAAGCCUCCGCGGGUAGUGCACGACAAACACCGCCCCAGCGCCCACGUGGCUUGCUUGGUCACCAUCACCUCCGAUCUGGGCGACUCGUUCCUUCCAUACAGUCUCACGCUGUCCGCAGAGCUCAUUCAGGACGAGCAAUAUGCCAGCGAAACGGGACUGGAGCCGGACUCAGAUUCUGACGCGCAGCUUCCAGCCCCUGAUACCCUGCUCUCCUACGACAAUGUCAAGGCUUGGAAGACGUUCCAAUGGAAGGAAGGGAUGCGCAGCCUCCCCAUCACCCUUCCCCUUAGUCGGAACUACAAACAGGAUGGCGUUCUCGUUGUGCGAGUAGGCGCUGAGCCCAAGGCCGAUUCUGAUGACUUCAACCGCAUGCUACUGGAAGACUCGCCCGGGGUGGUGUCGGUUUGGAGUGCCCCUUUCAACCUUCGUCGCAGCGCCUCCGUCGCAAGGACCGUGGAGAGACGCUUCAAGAUCGGCUCUCGCACCCAUCGCAUAUUUGAGGAAACAGGCGAGAGCAUUGCCCGUCACGUGUGGGACGCUGGGGUUGCAUUGUCAAAUCAGCUGCCUUGCCUUUUGGGGCAUUCUGGCAUAAUCAACAGUAUGGUAGCGGACAGCCGUCGACGUCGAGGUCAUGCCGAUGCUCUACUGUCAAGUGCAUGCUUUGAACCACCGUUGCGUGUCAUUGAGCUCGGUUCCGGAUGUGGUAUGGUCAGUAUAGUGUUGUCCCAUUUAGUUGCAAACGUCGAAAUCUCUGUCACAGAUCUGGCCGAAGCGCAGGCAAUCGCUGUACGAAACAUUGGAUUUGCGUCAAGAUGUCGCACAAAUAAGGCCGUAUUGGCAUUUCACGAGCUAGAUUGGGAACACCCUCUGAGGUAUGGUGGCUCGCUAGAGCGGGCGGUAGAUCUCGUAGUCGCAGCGGAUUGUACGUACAACGCUGACAGCAGUCCAGCAUUUGUCAACACCAUCCAACACAUUGCCUUACAGUUCCCUUAUGUUACAGUUGCGGUCGCAAUGAAAAAACGCCAUGCGAGUGAGGACGUGUUCUUUAGCCUCAUGUCUGACGCUAAGUUCCAAAUGACUAGUUCAAUCUUGUUCCCACUUCCAGGAGACCAGUCAAGUGGCGAAGAAACUAUAAGCCUAUAUCUUUUUACAUAUCUUUAUACCUAGA